UGGUCGAUUCAGUUGGCCAAGAGCGAUCCGUGCGAAAGAGUGUCAUUAACGGACGGGUCCACACGACGACACACCAUUUUCUCUUUGAUUUUAUUUUGAUUCCGGCGAAAUCCAGCGCACAAAAAAUACACCAACACAAGUAAAGACGAUAAUAAAUGAAGGCAUUUCAUUAACCAUAUCGACGGACAAAGUGCAUGGUGAGAUCUGAGCUGCAAGCCCUCCAUUACCGGUGAAUCGUGUCAAUCGACUCUAUUUCACCGCGAAUCUUCUGAACUUAAAGAGAACAAACAAAUCAAGCAAUCUUAUUACCUAAACACAUUGUUGGAACACUAACCCUGGCGGUACCCGCAGUGAUUGGAGACCACAGUUAGAUGACAAAUCUUCCAAGAUGCUAGUCCAUGACAAUCAACGCGUCCAAUACAUUUACUUUCUUCUGUCGGGCGCUGUGGCAAGUAGUCUGCUGAUAUUGACCUAUGUGUCUCUUUCAACCCGGGCGAGUGAAAAUCUGCAGAGGGACAUCAGAAGCAUGCAACUGUCCAUGGACCUGAUAAAACCAACAUCUUUGGUGUGGUCCUACAACAACACCUGGCGUAACCUGGGCCACGGUUGGAUGAAACACAAAAUCUAUUCUGCCUAUUUCGAUCGACGUGUGGAAAUUUUGGAUAAUCCCCUGGACGACACGAUGGGAGUAGCUAUUGGUUCAAUACGCAUCAUAGCUGUAUUGCCGCUUUACUUCCGGGACGAAAUCACCUGCAUCUUUAGAGGAGAAGAUUUUUCUCUGAAGAGGACGCGUGCCAGAACGCCCCAGCCGCUGCAGGAUCACAAUGACUCUGCAUUUGCCGCAUAUGCCAUCGUUUGCCCGUUGUACAGACAAUUGAAUGAGAGCCUGGUCGUUCGUUUGCCCCAUGCCGUGGCAAUCAAAUACAAACUGAACAGCCUAACUAAGGACAGUCCGACUUUCGUUCCGAUAAGUUAUCCGCGCGAUAUGAAUCAGCUCUUUGCCAAAUCAAAACCCAUUCUCUCUAUUUGUGUGGCGCCAUUGCAGUUGAACUCCACCUCUGCCCUGGGCCUGGUAGAAUUUAUCGAGAUGUAUCGGCUGCUGGGGGCAGGACACUUUUACUUCUACUUGGCCAGCUAUUCAAACGAGAUGGCGACUAUACUAGCCUAUUAUCGGAAACUGGGUUUGGCUGAUGUUCUACAAUGGGAUUUGCAAGAUCACCUGCACGACUUAGCGAUGGGAGGGAGCGUGGCUCAAAUCAACGACUGCAUCUAUCGGGCUAUGGCGGUAGACAAUUUCCGUUAUGCUGUCAUCGUUGGUAUGGAUGAGUAUCUAAUGCCCCUGAAGCACAAUUCCUUGCUUAAAUUUAUGCUGCAAUGCGACGAGGGCCUGACAGCUUCGUAUGUUUUUCGAAACGUUUUCUUCUAUAAGAAGGAUCGGAGCGAUUUAUUCAGUACUCCGGAGCGGGCGACAAAUCGCCUGCUUGUCACCCAAACGAAGGUUAAGCGGAGUUUGGAAGUUAUGCCUGCUUUUACGAAUAGCAGGUUCAUUGUCAACACACACGCCGUCGUGGAAAUGGGCACGAAACGUCUUUGGCGUGCUGCUCCUGGCUAUACGGAUCACGUGUUGUCUCCGACUGUGGGCCUGUUGUUCCAUUAUAGGAAUAACUGCAUCAAUUGUCGGACAGUCAUGCUAGUUGACUACACGGCAAGGAGAUUUGGUUCAUUACUGUGGGAUAGGGUGGACAAUGCGUGCCUGCAGCUGUUCCUCAAGGACAAGGGAGUGUGUCCAAAUUAAUCGGCUAGAACAACCUUUUCUACAGGCUAAGGGAAAAUACAUACUAUGUAUCAAGGUGCAUUUAUAAGGUGUAUGCAUCGGCUACAACAACUAACAUUUUGCAAAAACAACAUUGCUGUUAUAGAAACUAAAAAUUCAUGUGGACACUUAGUUUUAAUUUGAAAAACGUAAAUAAACAAAAAUUAUUAAUAAAUAAAUAUUAAAAAAAAAAAACAUUUUUGAAAAAAUGCUGAACCUCCGAAAAUUCAGCGCGUCGAUUGCAUUUAAAAUGUCUACAUAAUCUGGAUGGUUUUAUAUUUUACAUCGCUUUGGAAGAAAUCCGAAUCAGAACAUUUGGAGUCGAUCUAGAAAUAUCAGUCCGGCUGGUGCACACGAUAUCUCUCAAGAAAAUAGUACGAUUUAGAACCUCCUAAUAUAUUUGCCAAACUUAGAUCGAACUGGGAGGUGGGUGGUAUUGCCUAACUCUUCUGCCAUGACUCUAAACACCAUCCCUUCCCAAAAAUAAAAUGUUGUUUAAUUAAAAUGA